GGCAAAUGGCAGGGGCAUUUUUGGUAAUCAACAUCAGAGCAACUAACAGUUGAAUUCGGUGCUGAUUAGAUUUAGAUUUCCCUGGGAAGUACUAGGAGACAAAAAAUUCCUUCAUCAAAGGAACAUUUUCCUCAAUCAUUUCGACCAUGUUUACACUUGUGAUGCUCUUCACUUAGUUUCACACGCUUCAAACGAUACGAGCUUGGUCGUUGAUAGAUCAUAUAAUUCAAGGUCUUGAGAUUACUCAGCAGGAAUGCUUGUGUCUGCUCUUCUAACGUCACUGUUAAUAAAUUUUGGGCUAUGUGUUUUAUUCUUCACAUUGUACUCUAUAUUGAGGAAACAACCAUUUUAUUAUGAUGUUUAUAUACCACGCUUGCUGGUGGAAGGAACUUCCAAAAGGAGAAGUCGUUUCAACCUAGAAAGACUAAUACCUUCCCCUGGUUGGGUGAGAAAGGCUUGGAAGCUUUCUGAAGAGGAACUACUGUCAAAAUCAGGAUUGGAUGCUGUGGUUUAUAUGCGCAUUAUAACCUUCAGUUUGAAAGUAUUUGUGGUUGCUGGGAUUAUUGGGAUCUUUGUUAUUCUUCCAGUGAACUGCACAGGAGAUCAGCUUGAAGAUGUUGACUUUUCUGAUUUUUCAAAUAAUUCUCUGGAUGUAUUUACCAUUUCCAAUAUAAGCAGUGGCUCAAAAAGUUUAUGGGUUCACUUCAGCGCUGUCUAUGUUGUCACUAUAUUUAUCUGGUAUCUACUGUAUUAUGAAUAUAAUUAUAUCUCUUCAAAAAGGAUUGCUUAUUUUUAUUCAUCCAAACCUCAGCCGCAUCAGUUCACCGUUGUAGUUCGUAGUAUCCCUGUUUCUGUUGGGAGCAGCAUCAGUAACAGUAUUGAGACCUUCUUUAGGGAGUAUCACCCUUCAACAUAUUUGUCACAUACGGUUGUUCAUCGAACAAACAAACUUCGAGGUCUCAUUAAUGACGCAAAGAAGUUAUACAAAAGGAUUGUUCGCUUGCAAGGAAAUUCCACUGAACACAAGUAUGGGCGUGCGGGUUGUUUUGGAUUAUUUGGACGCAAGGUUGAUCUUGUGGAUCAUUAUGAGAAAAAGUUAGAGAACAUAGAGGAGAAUGUGAGAUUGGAGCAAUCAGAGCUUUCAUUGGCAGAAGAUGAAAUUCCAGCUGCCUUUGUGUCUUUCAAGACCCGUUAUGGUGCUGCCACUGCUUUUCACUUGCAACAAUCAAUAAAUCCCACACAGUGGGUCACAGAGCAAGCUCCUGAACCUCGUGAUGUUUACUGGCCUUUCUUUACUUCAACAUUCUUUCGGAGAUGGAUUUCUAAGCUGGUGGUUAUAGUUGCAUGCAUUCUCCUUACAAUCUUAUUCCUUCUUCCUGUUGUAUUUGUGCAAGGUCUUACUAACCUGAGUCAGUUGGAAGUUUGGUUGCCUUUCCUGGAGAGCAUCCUUACCAUAACAUUUGUUAGUGAAGUAGUUACAGGAUACCUUCCCAGUCUUAUUCUUCAGUUGUUUCUGAAAAUAGUGCCUCCUAUAAUGGAGUUGCUUUCAUCUAUUCAAGGAUAUGUUUCUCAUAGUGAUAUAGAAAAGAGUGCAUGUAACAAAGUACUUUGGUUUACAAUAUGGAACAUUUUCUUUGCAACGGUAUUUUCUGGAUCAGUUUUAUAUCAGCUUUCCCUCAUCCUUGAUCCCAAGAAUAUUCCUGCAAGGCUAGCUGUUUCGGUCCCAGCACAGGCAUCAUUUUUCAUUGCUUAUGUUGUCACAUCUGGAUGGACAAGCACUUCAUCGGAACUCUUUCGCCUAAUCCCUCUUAUUGGCAGUCUAAUAACAAAACCUUGUAAAAGCAAUACCGAUGAUGAAUUUGUAGUUCCUACUAUUCCUUUCCACAGGGACAUUCCAAGACUUCUUUUCUUUGGACUUCUUGGGAUCACAUAUUUUUUUCUGGCUCCACUCAUUCUACCCUUCCUCUUAGUGUACUUCUGUCUUGCAUACAUCAUCUACCGUAACCAGUUCAUAAAUGUAUAUGAACCAAAGUUUGAAACUGCAGGGAAGUUUUGGCCUAUUGUGCACAAUUCAAUGAUAUUUUCUCUGGUACUCAUGCAUUGUAUUGCUGUGGGAAUCUUUACGCUGAAGAAGGUCUCUCUAGCUUCAACAUUAAUUUUCCCUCUUCCAAUACUUACACUUCUCUUUAAUGAGUAUUGUCGGAAGCGCUUCCGACCCAUCUUCAUCGCAUACUCUGCUGAGAGUUUGAUAAAGAAGGAUAGGGAAGACCAGAAUGAUGCUACAAUGGAUGAAUUUUUUGAUAAGUUGGUCACUGCCUAUCAGGAUCCAGCAUUGAUGCCAAUUCAGUUCUCCACGAACACUGACAGUCUUUACAGUCCCCUGAUAUCUUCUGCUGAAGUUUGAGCUGAGUUAUGCUCAUCUUGUACCACAUUAAGGUGACUGGUAAUGGUGGUGGUCUUUUGUCUACUACCAUAAUGAUGUGAACUGGGAGAAUUGAAAGGAGGCUUGAUAGUUAAUUCUUUUUGAUUGAGCAAUAAGAAUUGUCCAGGAAAAAAGGACACUUUUUUGUGCAUGUGUGCGCUUUAUUCUUGUAUGCAUAUGCGUAUCUUGUAUAUGAAUAUUGGCAUGGAAGAUUAAGUGAUUAAUCAUAGAUGGGUGACGUGUGUACAAGAUCAACCCUAUUUUAUCA